GCACGUUAACAUUCCUAAAUUCCCAUCUAUCUCUCUCUCUCUCUCUCUCUCUCUCUCCCCAAUUUUCUGGUAAUUCCCAAUCCCUCUGCUUUCCCAAAUUUUCCUCCAUGAAUUUCUUCAAAUCCGUAUUCUCCGACGACCCAGAUCCCCCCUACCCCGAAUCCGAAUCCCCAACGACCCAACCCAAUCCCAACCGUACCGGCAACACCGGCGGAUGGAAUUUCGGCGAUCUGAUCAAAACCCUAGCGACCAAAUCCGAGUCGGUGAUUGAGACCUACCGCCGCGACCUGCAGGAAUUCGGGUCGGGUCUGAAGAAAGAGAUCGAGGUGGCUCAGGGGUCGUUGGAGACGGUGGGGCACGUCAUCGACAAGUUCGGGAACACAGUGCUGAAAGGGACGGCCGAGAUCAUCGCUCAGGGCAAGGACGCGAUCCUUGCCGACGACGAAGCGGAUUCCUCCGACGCCAAAGAUCAAAGCUUUAGCUCUCAGCAGGGCUUGAAUUCGAAACGGUACAGUAGGUUUGACGCUCAGGUGCGUGCGAUUCAGGGUGACCCUAGCACUUACUGCGAGGAGCCUGAGGAUUUGAAUGAUUACGAAAAAUGGAAAUCUGGGUUUGAUUUGGAGGAGAAAGGUGAAGAAAUUGAGAGGCUUUUCAAAGAAAACGGAGCUAUGGAGGGGAUUUACAAAAGGGUUGUUUCGAAUAGCGUUGAUCACGAAAGCUUUUGGUGUAGUUACUUUUAUAGGGUUCAUAAGCUGAGGCAGGCUGAGGAAGUGAGAGUGAAUCUCGUUAAGCGGGCGAUUUCUGUUGAGGAGGAUGAGGAGUUAAGUUGGGAUGUUGAUGAUGAUGAGUAUGAUGACAAUGUGAGCAAUGUGGUGUCGAAAGAGAAUUCGGGGAAAAGUACUGAAGUAGCUGCUGAAGGUUCUGGUAAAGAUGGGAGAGUUGAGGACUUGAGGGUUGGGAAUGAGGUUGGAGAGAAGAGUUCCAAUAAUGUGGGAGAGGGGAGCAGUGUUAGUGAAGAGACUAAUGUGGUGUUGAAGAAGGGCGAUUUAGCCGCGAAUAGCGAAUUGGUCAGCAAAGAUUCUGAGCAAAAGAUUGUUACGGAAGAGAGCAGCCCUGUUGGGGAAUCUCAAGUUGUUGAUCAGAAGAAGGGUAGUGCUUUGGAGUUGAGUGGCGAAAAGGAGUCCAAAAAGAAAAUGCAGGUAGAAAGGGAUUCCGGGAAGAAAGAUUUACCAUUGAAAUCGGAGGAGAAAGCGGCAGUGGAAGGGAAGAAGAAUGGGGCUGCUGAAUCCGGUAAAGGCAAUGAAACGCCAGAGGCAGAAGACCUUGGGUGGGAUGAGAUUGAGGAUCUUAGCAGCAUUGACGAUAAAAAAGUUAGCCAUGGUGGUGGAAGUGGAAGUCCUACUGAUAAAGCCGAGCUCCGAAAGCGGCUCAGUACUGCAGCUGAAGAAGAAGAAGAAGAUUUAAGCUGGGAUAUUGAGGAGGAUGAUGAUGAUGUACCAGCUAAAACUUGAGUAGCAAGUAAAUUUGAAAGUUCUUGGUUCUUAAAUUUAGUGCACGAAAUUUUUUGUACUCCCCCAAUUUGUUUUUUAAAGUGUAAUAUAUGCAAGGGGGGAUUCUUUUAAAAUUUUCCCUUUUGUUUUAUAUCAGUUGGUUUAAAAUGCUAAUAGGUUCGUUUAUAUCUGA